CCCUCCCACCCCACCCCCGAGCAGAGCACUGGCCUGGCCAUCUUGACCGCCAGACCGCCGCCCGGCCCCCCUUCUAAUGCCCGACCUCUCGGCAUGCGAGUUUCCCGUCGCCGUCACCGCCAUCCCCAUCGUUGUUGUUGAUACCCCUCCUCCCGAGCCUCUGGAGGAUCGUCAAAAAAUGCCGGCCGCAGCCACCGACGAGCAGCCCGAUCUGAUGCCCCCCGCGGUGGCCGAUGCUCCGCCAGCGGCUCCGGUGAAGAGCACCGCGUCUUCCCAAUCUGAUGACCUGUCUGUCGAUGAUGUCUCUGUCCAUGACAAUGCCACGACCACCCCCCCUGAGGGCCUGGCUCAGCUUCUCCCGGUAGACGACUCCGUGGCUACUGCCUCCAUGCCAGCCGAGGACGACCCGACCCUCUUCGACACACAGAGUGAUGCCUCUUCGCCGGAAGUGGUGGCCAUUGCGUGUCUUGAGGGCGCGGCGACUGAGCCAAACUCCCCAGUCAGCCCGCCUGUCGCCGUGGAGGAGGAUCCUGCUGCUGCUGCUGCCGCUGCUACCACGGAGGACGCCACCGUCCCUCCCGAGGCCGAGGCCAGCAUCGUCGCUCCCGAGACCGAUGCCGCCGCCGGCCAAGUUGCCGAUCCUCCGCCCGAAGAUGCGAUCGUCGGGUCUGAUAUUCCCCCCCCGACCGCCGAGGCCGCACUGGCACAGCCCGAGGACGCGGCUGCAGCGGAAUCCGCAGCCGCCACCUCUGCGAUCGAGGUGGCCGCCGCGGAUGCCGAAAAGCCACUCCUGUCAGAGGGGCCUCCUUCUGCCGAGCUGGAGGCCGCCCCAGCUGAUGUGCCGCCCGCUGCCCCCUCCACCGAUGGCGCGUGGGCCGAGCCGCCCCCCCUGCCGGCGGGCAUGUCCCGACUUCCCCCCCCCACCGGGGGCGACGGUGACAUCGAGCUCAUGCCGGUCCCGGCUUCCUCCGCCGACAGCCCCUCGCCCCGGACCAUUCUUCCGUCCAUUUCUUCCGAAAUUGAUCCCCAAGCCAUGGGUCCCCUUGGCCUUGGGCACCGGCGAUCGGUCAGCCACAACUCCCGGCGGUCUUCCAGCUACUCGCCGCUGAACACCGCCGGCAGUGGCGGCGAGGGGGGACCCCUCAGCGGCCAUGCCGCGUCCGGGUCUUUCUCCAGCUCCCUCUCCGUGCAGGUAGCCCUGCCCACUCUGCCGGAUGGUUCGCCGCCCAUCUCCAACUCCAACAAGCGCGCCCUGCGUGGCCCACCCCCCUCGACCCCGGAGGAGCAACUGCUCCUGAUGAAGCUCGAGCUGUGGGACGACGUCUUUACCGAUGAUCUGGACCUUCUGGCGCAUCUGUGCCAGCAGACAUAUCUCAACUCCCAGAUCCUCACUGCAUCGAUCAUCGUCCUCCUCGAGCACACCAACCAUGCGGACUACUUCCUGAAGCGCCUGAUCCGCACGCGUAUUUUCCUCAAUCGCCCGACCGAGUCGCAUGACUUUACCAACAUCAUGCGUGAUAAUAGUCUUUCGGUGAUGCUCUCGUCGGCCUUUGCCCGGCAUCAUGGGCCAGCCUAUUUGGAGACGGUCAUCUCGCCCGUCAUCGACAAGAUCCUUGAGGACACCACCAUCUUCGAGAUCAACCCCGCCGAAAUCAAGGACCCGGCGAGCGUGGACCUUGAGGCCAAUCUGCACAAGUUCGCCGGCAUCGUGUCCUGGACCAUCUCGCACAUCCUGGAAAAGCGCGAUGCCCUGCCGCCCAAGCUCCGGUCUCUGUGCACGUACAUGCGGCGUACCUCUUAUGCCCGGUUGAAGCACUACUUCCCUGGCGACUCGGACUCGAUGCGCGAGCAGGCUUCGCUUCGCUUGGUUGGAUGCUUCCUCUUCCUGCGCUUCAUCGGCCCGUCCAUCUUCGCGCCCACCUUCAAUGGGCUGUGCUACCGGACCGGGCUCACGCGGGAUGAGCGCCGCGCACUUAUCAUGUUCACCAAGGCCCUGAACAUUUUGGCGGCCGAAUCCCUUCGCGUGCAAAAGGAGGAGUACAUGGUGCCACUUGGUGCGCUCCUGCAGAAGGAGACCGCCAAGAUGCAGUCCUUCCUGGACUUCGCAUCGUCAUUUGAUGAGGAUGAGACCGUGCUGGUCCUAUCGGACCCGGCCUGUGGUUCGAGCAUCGGGCCGUCAUCCCCCGAGAAGAGGACGAAGAAGCAGGCCACCCCCGAGGCGGAUGGUGGUGUCGGUGCUGGCGCCGAUGCCGCUGUCGACACGGACCCCGCUCUUCAUGAGGCUACUUCCUCUUUCCCGCCGCCGGCCGCCGGGGAGGGUACUUCGACUGGCGUUGCCGCUGCCGGCGUUGGCAGUGGCGUUGCUCAUGAGGGGAGUCCCUCCUCGGCCGAGGCGGCUGCGGCUUCCGAAGCCGAGGACCCGGAGGUCCUUGCCGUUGCUGCUGCUGCUGCUGGUGCUGCUGGUGCUGCUGUUGCUGAUGAUGGCAUCGCCCAUGCCACUGGCCCUGCCGAUCCGCCGGAGUCUCCGACCGUCGAUGAGGCUGACGAAGGGCAGCCUUCCCUGCUGAAGAUGCAUCGACUGCUGGCCGCCGGCCAGGGCGGGUCCCUGCCGUCGACCCCCCGGUCGGCGAUCACCUAUUGCUCCGAAGCGCCCGGCCUGUUGGAGGCGCCUCCCCCGCCGGAUGCCCUGAUUCCGGACAGCUUCGCCGGGAAUCUGGACACCGUGGUGACCUUCCUUCGGACGAUUAUUCCCAAGUUUGAAAUCUCCCUGCGUGAGGCCCUGCCCCAGCUGGCUCAGCUGCCGCUCGAGUCGCCAGCCCUGCUGGAGCGCGUGAAGGCCCAUGUAUCGGCCAUCGAUCAGCUGGCGCGCGACACCACCGCUGCCGCCACCGGGCCCGCCGGUCCUGGCGCCGCUGGCCCUGGGUCUCAGCUGGAGGAAAGCCGCUCCUCGCGGUCCCUUCGUGGGGUGGAGGUGGAUGGCGGGACGGUCCGGUCGACGCGCUCCAGCCGGCGGAUUUCCCUUCGCAUGUCCUUCAGCCUUUUCACCAAUCCCACCACCUCGCCGCCGGGGAGUACCCCGCCGACGCCAUCAGCCGCCGGGGGGGCUUCCGUUUCGGCCGGUGCCCGCGCCAGCAGCGCCAGCCUGCCCGUCGUGGCGCCCGGGGUGGCGGGGGCUUCGCACUCGCGGUCGUUGUCCUCUUCAUCGGGCGGCCGGCCGCGCAGUGGAUCCGUCUCCUCGGUUCGGUCCAGUUCGCAGGGGGGGACCACCGAGCCAGUGACCCCGGCGCCGGGCAGCCCGCCGCUGCCGGCCAGCGGAAUGGCUUCCUCUAGCCAGUCAGUCCAUUCGUCCGGGUCACCCGACUCGGCACCCAAGCGCGAGCGCUCGGUCUCCUUCAUGGACCGGCUGUUCGCCCUGCUGACCUGCUCGCAGGGGAUCUCCACCUAG